UUGGCAGACCUGACUUUUUCCAGUCCAGCGGCCUGCACAGCUGAUUUUGCAUUAUUACGUCAAAACAAAAAUUUAUGUGGCCAAAGGUUUGAGUAAAAAUUAAAUGAAAAGCGAGGCAAAAUUGAAUCGAAUAAUAAAAAGCGGCAUAUGAAACAUAAUUAGGCGUCUUAACGCACAUCAAACGUAUGGUAUUGUAAUAAAAUAAGUGAAAUGAAGACAAGGCAAAGUCCAAUGCAUGCCAAACUGUGAAACGGAUAUGCAAUUAUUGAUGCCAUCAAGUUUUGCAGCACACCAACGUCAACGUCAAGUUCAAAUUCAAUGCGCUCGGCCUUUGUCUUCGGCUGUCUUUCGCAUUCCAACACUCGGCGAUAAACUCACCACACUAAAAGCGACGGCUGCGCAGGCGUAGCGAGCUACGUGCCCACACAGAGGUAAAACGCGAAACACUUCGCUGAAGCUGCUGCAGCCGGACGCAAGCAACGCGCUUUGUCUGUCUCCUAAACUGAGUCCCGUUGUCGUUUGUCGUUUGUCGUUAUCGUUUGAGCUCCAAGUCUUAACAAAUUUCAAUUGUAUCCCCAGCGCGAGUGUGUGUGUCGUGUGUCCAGUGUCUGUCGUCUUUCCCAUAUUUGCAUUCUGUGCGGCAUUCUCGAAUACUGAACUUAUUAAUAAUGCUGUUAAUAAUUUAACAAAAUUUUGUGCAUGUAUCAACGUAUUUUGACAAAAAGGUUUUGAGAUCGAUCAACGCUAGGCACUCGUUAAUAACAGUAAACAGUAAACGGUCAACAGAAAACCGUUACUCGAACCCUAUCAAAUCAAAACGCAGCAAUACAAAGCUAUCAAAAUGGCCUGCUUGAGUACUUCCGGUCGCGUCGCGUGCGGUUCGAGUCGCCAACAAGCGCACAAAUUCAUCUGGCGAUUGUUUUUGGAUAACAGCCUGAAACGGCAGAGCAGCAACCUGUCGGCAACAUCCCAAGCGUCGCAGUCGCCGACGCCGUCAACGUUGCAAGGACAUACUACAAAGCAGUUAACACAAAAUCAACAAUGGGCGCGUAGUUUUCAUGGAUUAAACUUUGGCGCUGGCCAGGAUUACCUCAGCUUAAUGCACAACUCACACAGCUGUAGUCACAAUCGCAAUCAUAGCUCAGUCCACACACAACAGCCCGCUGGACCCGUGAGGGAAAUACAAAUCGAUCCAUAUAUAAUACUCGACGAUGAGCUCAAGUAUUUCUAUGACGAUGUCAGAGAUUUGCUGCAGUCGGGAACCUCACAGCCGGAGUUGGACACCAUCGCUAGCUAUUACUUUGAUGGCCAGGGCAAGGCGCUGCGUCCCAUGGUGACCAUGCUGAUGGCCAAGGCGAUAAACUAUCAUCUGAACAAAGAAUCGCACCAAUUAGUACACAAACAACGACAGAUAGCCCUCUUCUCCGAGAUGGUACACUCGGCCAGUUUAGUCCACGACGAUGUCAUCGAUCAGUCGGACUUUCGACGCGGCAAACCGAGCGUUAAUGCUCUUUGGAAUCACAAAAAGGUCACAAUGGCUGGUGAUUACAUUUUGUCGAUUGCCUCGAUUAUGAUAGCGCGUCUGCGCAGCGAUGAUGUGACGAUCGUGUUGAGUCAGAUUCUAACCGAUUUGGUUCAGGGCGAAUUCAUGCAGCUCGGCUCGAGGGAAACUGAAAAUGAACGCUUUGCGCAUUAUCUGACCAAGACAUACAGGAAGACCGCAUCAUUGAUUGCCAAUGCGCUGAAGGCGACCGCCGUCAUCGCCCAAGCCGAUGAUAAUGUCGCCGAGGUGGCAUUCCAGUAUGGACGCAAUAUUGGCCUGGCCUUUCAGCUGGUGGACGAUAUGCUCGACUUUGUGUCCUCCACAGAGCAAAUGGGCAAGCCAACGGCAGCCGACUUAAAACUGGGCCUGGCCACAGCGCCCGUGCUCUUUGCAUGCGAAAAGUAUCCGGAGCUGAAUCCCAUGGUAAUGCGUCGCUUCAGCGAACCAGGCGAUGUUGAGCGUGCCUUUGAGCUGGUGCACAAGUCACAUGGACUCGAACAAACGCGUUUUCUGGCCAAGAAGCACUGCAACGAAGCGAUACGGCUGGCAGGAGAGCUGACGGAGUCGCCCUAUCAAAAGGGUCUGCAGGUGGUUGCCGAUUUGGUCAUCAAUCGCAUGAAGUAGAAAUCACAUGCAAAUUAUACAAAUUAAAAUCUAAAAGCUAUUAUUAAGUUAGAAUCAGGCAAAACACACUUGAUGCUAGUUAAGUCAACAAAUGUGGGAGAACCAAGCGGAAAUUUGUAAAAAGAAAACUAGCAAAUGGUAAAAAACAAAAAAAAAACAUGAUUUAUUAUUUAGUUUUUAAGCAUUGUUGUUGACACUGUAAAUAAUUGCAUAAAAUGUACACACAACUUUGAUAGAAAUCUAGUGGCAGAAAUUCAAUAUUGUACAUUGUAAUUAAUUGUAAUAUUUGAAUAAAAUUUAUACGCAAUGUUUUUGAUAUUUUUACAUAAAUGUAAAUCAAUCAAUCAAUGAAAAAUUAUUAACAUCCGAACAAAUUCAGCUCAACUCUUGAGCAAAGUGCCCUCAAUUUGAAAUUGGGCUUAAUAUUAAUAAUCCCAAGUGUAAAAAGUUUUUUAAACAAAAGAGAUUCCCAAAUUUAAAAUUAUACUUUAUACCUUUCAAAAAUUUAUUGGGAAAGAAAAAGCAACAAAAUUCAAUGUUUAUUAGUCAAUGCAACAAACGAUAUUUAUAAAACGAGCAGAGCAAAGUUUAUUGAUUUAAGAAGAAAACCCAAUUUAUUUUUAUUUUACAUAUUCGUAUCUUAUUUGUUCAUAGGACAUUUCAUGAAUAAAUGGUUCAAUGGUCACAGCAAUGCACUUUGCCAAACAGACAUUCAGCAUAAUUAAUUCAAAAUUAAUACUUUAUUCGUUAAGUUAAUAAUUGUUUAAAAUUAAUUCAAUUGAGUUUUGAACCGUUUGUGCAUGAAAUGCACAACAUUUUUAUAUUUUACAACAAAUUAAUUUUUAGUUAAAAGCAUAAGGCAAAUUGUAAAUCAAAGAAACAAAUGUACUAUUUAUACUUACAAUACUGCCCUCAAGUCUUAAUUUAACAAAAACUCAUUUUAUUUAUGCCCCGUAUGCGAUAUUAAAUAUUCAAAUAUAAUUGCAAUCUUUCAAGAAGUGAAUGUAGAAAAAUGUUCAGUGUAAUUUAUAAAUCAAUACUAAUACUAAUUGAGGGCUAAAAAAAACCAACGGCACCUUUACAGCCUGGUUCGACAAUUCGGCCAACAGUUAAAUCACAUGGGUGCUUGGGCAAUUGGAAGUCAGAAUAAAUAUGUAUGCAAAUAUGGAAUAUGUUUUUGAUUAUGCUAAUUAUGUUUAAAGAUUAUUGUGUAUGAAUUAAAGAUGAAUAAAAUGCGAUUUUGUUAAGCAAACGAAA